CCAAAAAGAAAAAAAAGAAGAAGAAACCCUCACAAAGCACAAAGCUGGAGGAGGUCCAUAAAUGGCGCAUUUAAUUAGAACCCUCAAAAAAGCAUUCUAGUCUUCUUCACAACUGUGAAACCUUCCUCCCCCAGUCACCUCUUCACAUGUGACUUAACUCACUACUCUCUUCUUCUUCUUCUUCUUCUUAUUUUCUUUCUUCGCUCUCGUCUCCUCCUCCAACGAUCACCAUGGCAGCUCCGUCUCUCAAUCUCCUUCUCAUUCUCUCUCUUCUCACCUUCGUCUCACUCCCGAGAUCUGAAUCUCUCUCAGACAACCCAUCCCUCGUUCUUCUACCCGACGGAUUCGACUGGCCGAUCUCUCACGGUCUCGGCGACGAAUUCGACAUCAUCAACGGAGAAGAGAGCUUCGAAGUCGCGGAGGAAGAAGACGACGGCGUAGAUCGACGGUCAUUGUACUGGCGGAGGAGAAAGUAUUACAUAUCGUACGGAGCAUUGUCGGCGAACCGAGUCCCGUGCCCUCCCAGAUCUGGAAGAUCUUACUACACUCACAACUGCUUCAGAGCCAGAGGUCCGGUUCAUCCCUACAGGCGAGGCUGCUCGUCGAUCACUCGAUGCCGGAGAUAUUAGAGUGGGCAUUUUCGUAAUUCCGCCAACCAAUAUUGGGAUUUAUUAUCGAUGUUUGUAUUGAGCUUUUGUUGUAAUGUACUGUACCCCGAUGUGUAUUGUAAACCGGUUUGAUAUAUUAUUACUACUAUUAGUUAAGCUCGUUAAGAAAUUUAAAUUUAAACCCUUGGGGUUGUGUAAUGUUUAAGCUCUCAGGUCAAACCCAAGACCAAAAAGAAAAACAAAUGGUGAUUUCCUAAGGCAUGAGGGGUGGGUUGGUAAUUUGCAACUGAU